AUGGCCGCAUACGACCAUUCAAAAGUCGCACAUUUUAUUGGAGGAAACUCGAUAGACAAGGCUGCGCCGGGUCGCGUUACUGACUUCGUCAAGGCGAAUGGUGGCCAUACCGUUAUCACAAAAGUCCUCAUUGCCAACAAUGGUAUUGCCGCCGUCAAGGAGAUUCGUUCCAUCCGACAAUGGAGUUACGAAACCUUCGGUGAUGAACGUGCCGUCGAGUUCACCGUCAUGGCCACACCCGAAGAUCUCAAAGUAAACGCAGAAUACAUUCGCAUGGCAGACCGCUACAUCGAAGUCCCCGGCGGAACCAACAACAACAACUACGCUAACGUUGACCUCAUCCUCGACGUCGCCGAGCGCGCAGGCGUACACGCCGUCUGGGCAGGCUGGGGCCACGCCUCGGAGAACCCUCGACUUCCCGAGUCUCUCAGCAAACACAAGAUCGUGUUCAUUGGCCCGCCGGGGAGCGCGAUGAGGAGUCUGGGAGAUAAGAUCUCGAGUACGAUCGUGGCGCAGCAUGCGGAGGUGCCGACCAUGGCGUGGUCUGGCACGGGCAUUUCAGACACAACGCUUUCGGAGGCGGGAUUCGUGACAGUGCCGGAGAAAGCGUAUAUGGAUGCGUGUGUGAAAACGGUGGAGGAGGGGUUGGAGAAGGCGGAGCAGAUUGGGUGGCCGGUUAUGAUUAAGGCGAGUGAGGGUGGUGGAGGGAAGGGUAUUCGGAAGGUGGACAGUGCUGCUGGGUUCAAGAACGCGUACCAUGCCGUUGAAGGAGAGAUUCCAGGUUCUCCGAUUUUCAUCAUGAAGCUCGCUGGUCAAGCUCGCCAUCUCGAGGUCCAGCUACUCGCGGACCAGUACGGCAACGCCAUCUCUCUGUUCGGUCGUGACUGUUCCGUUCAACGACGACACCAGAAGAUUAUCGAGGAGGCUCCUGUCACCAUCGCUAAGCCAGAUACGUUCGAACAGAUGGAGCGUGCAGCCGUUCGUCUCGCAAAGCUCGUGGGUUACGUUAGUGCGGGAACUGUCGAAUACCUUUACAGCCACUCAGACGACGUCUUCUACUUCCUCGAAUUGAACCCCCGUCUUCAGGUUGAACAUCCCACCACCGAGAUGGUGUCCGGCGUCAAUCUCCCCGCCGCUCAGCUCCUCGUCGCUAUGGGUGUCCCCCUCCAUCGCAUCCGCUCCAUUCGUCAACUCUACGGCGUCGAUCAUCAUGGCACCUCCGAAAUCGACUUCGACAUGAUCAAGCCCGAAUCAAACCAGCUGCAACGUAAGCCAACUCCCAAAGGCCACGUCGUCGCCGUCCGUAUCACCGCUGAGAACCCCGACGCCGGCUUCAAACCCUCGUCCGGUUCGCUCCAAGAGCUCAACUUCCGCUCGAGUACGAACGUUUGGGGUUAUUUCUCCGUCGGAAGCGCGGGAGGUCUGCAUGAGUUCGCGGACUCGCAAUUUGGGCAUAUUUUCGCGUAUGGACAGGAUCGGUCGGAGAGUCGGAAAAAUAUGGUCAUGGCGCUUAAGGAGCUCAGUAUUCGAGGAGAUUUCAGGACGACGGUGGAGUAUCUCAUCAAGCUCCUCGAGACGCAGGCUUUCGAGGAUAAUACGAUCACCACCGGAUGGCUCGAUUCGCUCAUCAGCAACAAGCUCACUGCCGAACGUCCGGACGCUACGCUCGCUGUUAUCUGUGGUGCGGUCAUGAAGGCGCAUUUGGCCUCCGAGGCGUGUUGGACGGAGUAUAAACGCAUUCUCGACAAGGGUCAGGUUCCGUCCCGUGAUACGCUCAAGACCGUCUUCGGUGUGGAUUUCAUCUACGAGAAUACCCGUUACUCGUUUACCGCCACCCGUUCAUCUCGCACCAUCUGGACGCUUUUCCUCAACGGUGGUCGUACCAUGGUCGGCGCCCGUCCCCUCGCUGACGGUGGCCUGCUCGUUCUUCUGGAGGACAAGUCUCACUCCGUCUACUGGCGCGAAGAAGUCGGUGCUAUCCGCAUGAUGGUCGACGCGAAGACGUGCUCUAUCGAGCAGGAGAACGACCCCACUCAGCUUCGAAGCCCUUCCCCCGGCAAACUCGUUCGCUUCUUGGUCGACAGCGGAGAGCACAUCAACGCCGGCGAGCCAUACGCUGAGAUCGAGGUCAUGAAGAUGUACAUGCCGCUCGUCGCCGCCGAGGACGGUAUCGUUCAAUUCGUCAAGCAGCCUGGUGUUUCUCUCGCACCGGGUGAUAUCCUCGGUAUCCUCACCCUCGAUGAUCCCGCUCGCGUCAACCACGCCAAACCCUUCGACGGGCUCUUGCCUUCGAUGGGUAUGCCCGGCGUCACUGGAAACAAACCGCACCAACGUCUCGUCCUCUACCUCGACAUCCUCAACAACAGUCUCGAUGGGUUCGAUAACCAGGCGAUCAUGAACUCUACGUUCAAAUCCCUGGUCGAAGUCCUCCACGACCCGGAAUUGCCGUACUCCGAGACCACGUCGAUCAUGUCGACCCUCUCCGGUCGCAUGCCGCAGAAAUUGGAGGAUAGUAUUCGUUCGACGAUAGAGACCGCGCACUCGAAGGGGAACCACGAGUUCCCGGUGGGGAAGCUGAAGAAGCUCCUGGAUCACCACCUCGCCGAUACACUCCGUCCAGCCGAACGCACCGCUGCUCGCGCCCAGCUCGCAGCUCUCUUCGACGUUGUCGACCGUUAUGCCGGCGGAUUGAAAGGCCAUGAAGCUUUCAUUAUCACGAACCUCUUAGCACGGUACGAAGAGACGGAGAAGUUGUUUGGAGGGAGUAUCGAGGCGAGGAUUCUUACGCUCAGGGAGCAGUACAAGGAUGAUCUGGACCAGGUCGUAUCGCUCGUGUUGAGCCAUAUCAAGGCGCAGAGCAAGGCGAAGCUGGUGCUCGUCAUCUUGGAUUACGUGAAGAGUAGUGGCUUGCCGGUCGCCAAGGCGGAUAGCAGGCUUUUCCAGGUGCUGCAGGGGUUGGCGGCGUUGGAGGGCAGGUCUUCGACACAGGUCUCGCUUAAGGCUCGCGAGGUUCUGAUUGCGGGACAGAUGCCGUCGUACGAGGAGCGGUUGGGACAGAUGGAGACCGUCUUGAAGGCCAGUAUCGGGACUAGCUACUACGGCGAGCAGGGUGUUGGUGGACGCAGGAAUCCGAAUGCCGAGGUCCUCCGGGAGCUCACAGACUCGCGAUACACCGUGUACGAUGUUCUGCCGUACUUCUUCUCCAGCGAGGACCCUUGGUUGGCAAUUGCUGCUCUCGAGGUCUACGUUCGUCGUGCCUACCGCGCUUACAGCUUGAUGUCAAUCGACUACGAGGAGGGCGACGGCAUGGAUGACGGUGACGCUCCUAGCGCCGUCACUUGGCGCUUUACCCUUGGCCAGUCGCAUUCGCCUCCUGAGACACCUCGCAUGUCGGCAAUUGGCGAGGGCCGUCGCCAAGGAUCCGUCAGCGACCUUACCUACAUGAUCAACCGCCACCAAUCUCAGCCCAUUCGCAGUGGUGCACUUGCCUCCUUCCCCAACCUCGAAACCCUCGCUCAAGGCUUCGAACAAGUCGCAUCCAUGCUCCCCGUGUUCGAUGUCACCGAGUUUUCCCAGCGCUAUGGUAGCACCGAGCCUCCGAACGUCCUCAACCUCGCCCUACGCAUCUUCGACGAAGCCGAUGACAUGCCCGAGACCGAGUGGUCGACGAAGAUCUCAGCCUUCAUCAAUGAGCGACAAACGACUCUUCAUCAGCGUGGCGUCCGUCGUGUGUCGGUCCUCAUUUGCCGUCCCGAACAAUACCCGUGGUAUUACACUCUGCGCGAGAUGGACGGGGUUUGGCAGGAAGAGCAGGCCAUCCGUAAUAUCGAGCCUGCGCUCGCCUUCCAGCUCGAGCUCAGCCGUCUGUCGAACUACAACCUCACCCCGACGUUCGUCGAGAGCAAGCAAAUCCAUAUCUACCACGGUGUCGCUCGCGAAAACCAGCUCGACACUCGAUUCUUCAUCCGUGCGCUUAUUCGUCCGGGCCGUCUGCGCGAUACGAUGAACACCGCGGAGUACCUCAUCUCGGAGACGGACAGGAGGGUCACGAGCAUCUUGGACUCGCUCGAGGUCGUCAGCGCGAAGUACAGGAACGCCGACUGCAACCAUAUCUUCAUGAACUUCGUGUUCACGCUCAAUGUCACGUACGAGGACGUCUUGGCCGCGAUUGCGGGCUUCAUCGAGAGGCAUGGGAAGAGACUCUGGAGGCUGCAUGUUACGAGCUCUGAGAUCAGAAUCACGCUGGAGGAUAACGAGGGCAAUGUGACGCCUAUCCGGUGUAUCAUCGAGAACGUCUCAGGCUUCAUCGUCAACUACCACGGCUACCAGGAGAUCACGACCGACAAGGGCACUACGAUUCUCAAGUCGAUCGGAGAGAAGGGACCGUUACAUCUGCAGCCCGUGCACCAGCCUUACCCGACGAAGGAGUCGCUCCAGCCGAAGAGGUACCAGGCUCAUCUCAUUGGAACCACAUAUGCCUACGACUUCCCCGACCUCUUCUCGAAGGCGCUGCAGAAUGCGUGGGCCAAAGUCCGGUCGACGAAUCCGGGCUUGACUCUGCCGAAGAAGUACCUCGAGUCGCGAGAGCUUGUACUGGACGAGAACGACCAGAUCGUGGAGGUUGAUCGUGCGCCGGGCAACAACACGUUCGGUAUGGUUGGAUGGGUAUUCACGAUGAGGACGCCGGAGUACCCGGACGGAAGGAGGGUCGUCGUUAUCGCGAACGAUAUUACUUUCAAGAUCGGUUCCUUCGGUCCUCAAGAAGAUCAGUUCUUCUACCUCGCCUCUCAAUACGCCCGCGCGCACGGUCUCCCCCGUAUCUACCUCUCUGCGAACUCGGGUGCUCGUAUCGGCCUUGCUGAAGAACCUAUGGGCCUUUUCUCUGCUGCCUGGCAAUCUCCUGAGCACCCCGAGAAGGGCAUCAACUACCUCUACCUCACCCACGAGAACUGGCUCAAGCUGCAGGAGAGGGGUGCCGGUGCUGUGAAGACAGAGGAGAUCGAAGAGGACGGCGAGGUUCGCCACAAGAUCACGGACAUCAUCGGUCUCCAGGAUGGUCUUGGCGUCGAGUGUCUGAAGGGUUCGGGUCUUAUUGCCGGAGAGACCUCUCGCGCAUACGACGACAUUUUCACCAUCACCCUCGUCACCGCUCGUUCCGUCGGUAUCGGUGCCUACCUCGUUCGUCUCGGAGAACGUGCCGUCCAAGUCGAAGGCCAGCCUAUCAUCCUCACUGGUGCCCCUGCGCUCAACAAGGUUCUCGGUCGUGAGGUCUACACGUCUAACCUCCAGCUCGGCGGUACCCAGAUUAUGCACAAGAACGGUGUUUCCCACUUGACGGCGAACAGCGACCUCGAGGGAGCCACACAGAUCCUCGAGUGGUUGUCGUACGUUCCGGAGGCAAAGGGCGAGGACCUCCCCAUUCGGGAGUCAGUGGACCCUUGGGAUCGUGAGAUUGGGUAUGUGCCGCCGAAGGGACCCUAUGACCCGAGGUGGUUCAUCGAGGGAAAGACGGAUGAAGCAUCGGAGGAGUGGCUGAGCGGGUUCUUCGAUAAGGGGUCGUUCCAGGAGACGUUGAGUGGUUGGGCACAGACUGUCGUCGUGGGUCGGGCAAGACUUGGAGGGAUUCCUAUGGGUGUCAUCGCCGUCGAGACAAGGACCAUCGAGCGCGUCGUUCCCGCUGACCCCGCCAAUGCUGCAUCCUUCGAGCAACGUAUCAUGGAGGCCGGCCAGGUGUGGUACCCCAACUCAGCGUACAAGACCGCGCAGGCCAUCUUCGACUUCAAUCGCGAGGGAUUGCCUCUGAUUAUCUUCGCUAACUGGCGUGGUUUCUCUGGUGGCCAGCAGGACAUGUACGACGAGGUGCUCAAACAGGGUUCCAAGAUUGUCGAUGGCCUGUCAUCCUACAAGCAGCCCGUAUUCGUCUACAUCGUCCCCAACGGCGAACUUCGUGGUGGCGCGUGGGUUGUACUCGACCCAUCUAUCAACGCUGAGGGGCGCAUGCAGAUGUACGCUGAUGUCGACGCUCGCGCUGGUGUUCUCGAGCCGGAGGGCAUCAUCGAGAUCAAGAUGAGGAGGGACAAGAUCAUCGCGUUGAUGGAGAGGUUGGAUUCGACGUACGCGACGCUGAAGGAAGAUAGCAAGGAUGCGAACAAGAGUGCUGAGGAGAGGGCGGCGGCAGUUGAUCAGUUGGCGAAGAGGGAGACCUUGCUGCAGCCGACGUAUAAGCAGAUCGCGUUGUUGUAUGCCGAUCUUCACGAUCGUACUGGUCGCAUGGAGGCGAAGGGAUGCGCCAAACCCGCCGUCUGGAAGGAGGCCCGUCGCUACUUCUACUGGGCCGCUCGCGCAGGUAUCGCUCGCUGUGCCGCCCUGAACAAGCUCGCCGAAGCAAGUCCCGGGGCGACGCUCGAGUACCGCGAACGCCUGCUCGACAACCUCGCUGAGAUCGACGACACCGCGGACAACCGUACUGUCGCUGAGGCGCUUGAGGCUCUGGACAUCAAGCCGACCCUGGCACAACUCAAAGGCGACCACCUCGCUCGUCAGCUACUUGCUACGUCGACGGAUAACAGGAAGGCUUUGAUGGAUGGCCUUGUGAAGAUCGUGGAUAACUUGUCAGAAGACGAGAAGGCAUCGUUAAUCACUGCACUCCAAAAUUCAAACACUUCUCCUGGUCCCCCUUCGUACACGACCUCUACAUGACGAGAAUAUGAUUUCAUGAGCUGUAGCUCGAUGUUGCUUCACGUUUUUAUUUUAUCUGUUUUUGCAAUUGUUUCUGCUGCUGUAUCCUCAUUACCCUCACUCACAUCAUCAUGGCCAUAGCCAUACUCAUAUUCGUCAUAGAAUAAAAUACAGCAUCCGGAUCGGACACACACUGUUGUCGUAGUAGAGCAUUACAUUUCUCCUUUUUCGAUUUUUUCGUGGUUUUCUUGAUUGUCUUUUGUUUUGCUCUUUGUUUGCAUCGUAACGAGAUCGUGCUAUGAUUUCCGC